GCAAUAUUCAAUUUUCAGUCCACGUAUCACGAGUUCCAACGGUGUGCUGUCAUAUUGAACAAGGUGGCGACUAAGUGAAGUCGGCAUGUUGCACUAGACCUAGCUCAACCAAAUAAGCGGUUUCAGACAUACAAUUGCACGAUCGAACACCGAUUAUAAUCAGGAUGUCUUCGCCAGGGUUUCUCUGGUGUAUGCCCCGCCGUCUCGGGGCGGUAAAGUUCCUUCUCCUGGUCCUCUGGGUCUCUGGAACACUUCAGGAUUUGGUUCUUUUCGACACUGGAAAUCGAGGAAUAUCCCUUGAUGAUGUUUCCAACCCCAACGGACCAUGGUCUGGCUACUUUGUAACUAACAGCUCUUUCCAAUAUGUUGGCAAAGAGUACAACGCCGUUGGUGUCUCUUCGCUAGGACAGAUAUACUUCGGAACGGGGAGGACGCUUAGCCUUAGAGGCAUCUUUACAGCCGCUGCUCCGUUGCUGCAGGCCAAUCUAGUUGGCGGGGUAAAGUACUUGGAGAUUCCCAUAACUAAAACUGAUGAGCUACUUUCGGUCCUGGACACCGCCCUCGCCGAAUUCCUGACUGGUCUUUUCGUAGAGUGGUUCUUCGUGGUCACGUGGAGAAACGUUACGCCAUUUAUGUCUCAGGAGGAGAGGAACAGUUUUCAGAUAGUCUUCGCAGUGACCGGGGAAAAGACUUUUGCCAUUUUGAACUACGAGUCUAUUGGUUAUGCGGGUUCUUUGAUUCGACCGCCUGGUUUCACCGAUGGCAAUAGCAGUACUGAAUUUAAUCUACCGGUAACAGAGCCGAUUAAUCUCGACACUGAGAGUAAUGUAGGCGUCAAUGGGCGCUGGAUUUAUGAUGUCACCGACUUCUUGCCAGGCGUGAACGGCGGAGUUCCCUGCGACCGGAGUCCCUGUAAGAAUAACGGAACGUGUGCAGAAGAACAAUGUACUUGCCCUUUAGGAUACGGAGGCACGACUUGCGAAGAAAAGUUAUCAGAAGUUCGAUGUGACAGUACCUCAAUGACUGUGGUGUUGGAUCAACGUCUAUUACCAGAGGGGAGUGAGCCGUCAAGUGUCCAUUUUCUCUCCCAAGAAAAUGACUGUGUUGCUUAUGUCUAUGAUACCUUCAAAAUCGAGAUGUCCACAACAUACGAUAGAUGCGGCACCACUAUCAAGGAAGAUGAGGACAACAUAAUCUUCCAGAACGUGAUCACCUUCGCCAAGCCAGGGGCGGGUGAUACCGGUGCCAUCAUCACCCGGGAAUACCACCAACAAAUCCAAGUCGAAUGCUGCCUGAAGAAAGCCUCAGUCCUGACCGGAAAUUUCAAGCCCCAAAUCGGCAAAAUCGACAUCAAUGAUAAAGAGCACGGCAAGUUCACUCUCAAGAUUACCCGCUUUACUAACGAUGAGUUUGACACCGAGGAGAUGGUUAAUGUCGAGGAUGGUCGGGUGAUGCUGGGCACCAAGCUCUAUUUCGGCGUGGUAUUGGACUCCACAACCACUGUCGGUGUCUUCAUCAAGGCGUGCUGGGCUACAGAGGAGGGUCCUGAUCAUGAUCCCAAAGAAGAUCUCAUCAAAGACCAGUGCCCUGCAGAAGAUACAGUCACAGUGAACCACGCCCUUCCACUGGAUCGUGAAGGAUUUUCUUUUGAUGCGUUCCGCUUUGUCAACGAGUUCUCUGGGGUCGCUGAGAUUUACGUAUACUGCGACGUUGUAGUAUGCAGGUCUGACGAAGCUGAGGCUGCUAGGUCAAAUGCAGAAUGUGGGGAGGCUGCUUCUCGUCUACGACGUCGUGAUGUCAGCUCAGGCACCAUACACACCCUCAGAUAUGGCCCACUGGCCAUCUACAGUUUGGACGCCAGUUAUGCUGCCUCGUCCAAAGAAUCUCGUGGAAUGUUCGGCACGAGGGUGUAUGUGAUGGGCAUAGUGGCGCUCGUUUCCAUGGUGACCAUUUGGGGCGUGGUCAAAGGCUGCAGCUUCAAAAUCAAAAAUCAUGAGGCUAAACACGCCCUUCUAGUUAAUAUUAACUAGAAUCACGAUUAAGACUUCGUCCAAAUCUGUAACAGUUAAAGGAAACCUCACCUCAAAGAACAAGUGUAGGUAUAUUCUGAAAAAUUAGAUGUAUUCCUGCCCUUUGAUGUACAAUAUCCCUUACUAAAAAUAUGUAAUGUACAAGAGAUAUAUAAAUUAAGAUAUUCUCGGCAUGGUUUGAGGUCUUUUAGCAUGACCUGAGCGCAGAUAUUUCUUGAAAAUGUGACGUACCACUUAAAGUUGUAUAUAUAUAUAUGUAUGAUACACACACAAGUAGUCAAAUCCAUUCACAUGAAUUGUAUUGUAUUACUAAUAUUUUAUUUUGUUGUUUUUAAGCUAUUAAACUUGUUAAUUAAUUAUACUAAGUUAGACAGCACCACCUGUGCGCUAAGAAACACCUGUAUAAAGCGCCCUAUAAAUGUAAUUAUUAUUAUUAAUAUACACCAAUCUUUAGCUGAAAAGACUUUCUAAAUCAAUAACAAACCUUUACUUGAGAAGAAAUUAAAUUUGGUAAAAAAAUAUCUAACAAGGGAACACUGCAACUAAUUCAUUGAAAUAUACGAAAAUAUAGCAGUUAACAAAUCUAUUUCAUUCAUGAGAAAUCUUCACCCCAGAAAAGCACCAACUUAUUUAUACAAUUUGCGUUCUGGCAGUUGUAGUACAAAAGGUAAUAGCAGGUGA